UGUUUCAUGAAGUGGACUUUGGUGGUUGUUUUAGAUACACAAACGGAAUUUCCUGCGUUCUUUGAGGAUGGAAGAUGACUCGGAGGCAAACAGAGAAAACACGACAGAUAAAACUGUCAACAUGGAAACUUUUUCCUCCCCCACUUUGGCUUAUGAUAGGAAUUUUGUUCGCACAGUACCGGGGCUUCUUACUUUCGCCGAAUUGGUGUUUGGGCUGUUUGUUUGGACCCUGGUUGGUGGUACUGAGUACCUGAAAGUGCCUGCCCUUGGCUGGGUGAUGUUUGUGUCUGUGCUCUACUGGGUCCUCACAGUUUUUGUCUUCAUCCUGUACCUGACCAUGGCUCACACAAAAAUCUCUCACGUGCCUUGGACCGCGGUGGGUGUGAUCUUCAACAGCAGUGCUACAGUUCUGUACGCAUCAGCUGCAGUGGCAAACAUGGCGUCCGUGAGUCAGGCCAUCAGGGGGCGCUAUUACUACAGUAGUUGGAUAGCUUCUACAGUAUUUGCUUUCAUCGUAACUCUUUGCUAUACAGGAAACAUGUAUUUCAGUUACACAUCCUGGAUGUCAAAGAGUGAGCCCCAGGAGCAGCAGGACCCCAAUAAAAACUAGACCAACACGACGUGAACAGAAACCAGAAUGUACCCACAGUCUUGUUAGAGGUACAAGGUUUCAAAAGCUGUUCAUUUUUUUAACGUUAUUGUAAUGAAGAUGUAUUAAACAAAAAGACUGAAGAUAAGAUUAGUGAGGAAACACUAUAAAACAUUUACAGCUUUGGAAUAUGCCAGAAAUCACUUUAUAAUGGAAUGACUUGACAAUGUACUAUAUUAUAUAACAGUGCUGUAGGUCUUACACGGUGGAUUUGUUUAGCACAUACUAAUGUGUUUUUUAAUGAUGUUUUUAGAGUUGUUGCACAGUAUACACUUUACAAUUCACAGCCAACUCUGCAAUCAUGGACAGGCAGUUUAAAUCACCGCUGCCUAGUCAGUCUUAAUCCGUUUUCAUUAAAAUUACGUGAAAAUUAAUUGACGUUAAAAUGAAUGUUGAUGGGAGUUGCCGAAUGUUGAUGAGAUGUUUGACAUUUCACAUGUUUAGUCCAUUAAUACAGACGUUCUUUAUGAGCAUGACCUGUGUGUCACACUCAUCUGGAUGUCUGAUA